UAUGACAAAGUAAGUAAGUAUAAUUUUAUGAGGACCCAACUACCCAUAAAAGGAACUUUUCAAUGUUCACUUUCUCCAACAACUUCCUGCAGAAACAAAAGAGAGAAAUUUACAGAAACAAAAGGGUUUCCAUUCUUCUGUCUUUCUUUCUUUCUUUCUUCUUCUUCUUCUUCUUCUUCUUCUUUACCAAAUUCAGUUUGAAAAAGACAGACAUUGUGGCUAAGCUCAAGGAAUACGUUAUGGCCGCCGAUGACUCUGAACCUGACCAACCACCCCCUCAAAACGACGUCGCUUCCAUUUCUCUUCCUCACACUGACAAGAUUUCAGAUUCUGCUGAGAAAGUUGAUGCUGCGAAGGACAGAGAUAUAGCAUUGGCUCGGGUCGAAUGGGAGAAGAAGAUGGCGUUGAUAAAAGCAUGGGAGGAGAGUGAAAAGAUCAAAGCAGAGAACAAGGCAUACAAAAGGCUUUCUGCAGUUGAGUCUUGGGAGAAUACCAGAAAGGCUUCCAUAGAAGCGCAACUGAUGAAGAUAGAGGAAAAAAUGGAGAAGAAGAAAGCAGAGUAUGCUGAGCAAAUGAAGAACAAAAUCGUUGGAAUUCACAAGGAAGGUGAAGAGAAGAAAGCAACCAUCGAAGCAGAACGAAAAGAACAGUGCCUCAAGGUCGAGGAAACCGCAGAAAAAUAUCGUACUUCAGGGUUCAUACCAAAGACUCUACUCAAAUGCUUCAGUGGUUGAAAUGCUGCGGGGUUAUAAAAACAGAUUCCUACCUCAGAUUUGCACUCUGAUUUUAGUCUUUGUUUGACAUUAUAUUGAAUUAGGAGAUGAACACUUUAGUGUUCUUUUUUAUGUAUAAAGAUUGUAUCAGUUUGCUGUAUUUUACCCAAUGAUCACUUAUGUCAUAUGCACUGAUUCAGUUCAAAACGGUAGUGUUAAUCAUUCUGGAGAAUGGUCCGAAGAAUCCAGUUGCGUUAAUCUU